AAAUCGAAGAAUCCCCUAGCGAUGGCUGAUGUUGAAAAAAUGACAGCUGCACCAGCGACUGAUAUACCUGCUUCAUCGCUGAACGUCAAUGAAACAGGAACAGCUAGCGGCAGCGCAGCAGAUCUGGGCACCUCGCCCACACAGGAGCCAUCGAGCAAUUCGCAUCCCCAUGACUCCGAAUACGACACCGCCAGUGAUCUGGAGGGUGAUUACGAUGACGAUGAAAGCGACAGCGAGGAUGAAACAGAAUCGGACGAUGACGAAACGGAUGAGGACGACGAUGAACUGGGCAGUGGCACCGUGAGCGGCAAUGGUCUCGAUCGCAGCGGUGCCGAUAGCGAGGCACAGAAGAAAGUCGAUGAGGAUCGUAGCAAUCCGCAGUAUAUACCAAAACGUGGCACUUUUUAUGAACACGACGACCGUACGGCCGAAACUGAAGCCGAUGGCAUUAUUGAUAUUGGCAGCGAUGGGGGCCAAUGCCCACCAGGCGUAGAGCCCACUGGCGAUGAUGUGUCCAAUGGCAACACUGCCACAGGAUCCACACCGGCUGGACAGACGCCAACAAUAUCUCAGGCAUCAAAAACAAUGAAGAAGUGGCAGCCAGCUUCAGGAGGUGAUCGUUGGUCCCACGAUCGCUUCGAGGCCAGCGAGCAGGCGCCCAAAACACGGGCGGAGCUAUUACAAUCCUAUGGAUAUGAUAUACGUAAUGAGGAUGCAGCACCGCGUGCCCGUCGACGACGACGUUAUGGGCGUGGACCAAGCAAAUACUCCAGAAACUGGGAAGAUGAGCAGGCAUACCUAAAGGCCAGCAACAAGGAGCGUAAACCACCUCGGCCCCAGGACUUUCCAGCGCUCAACGAACGUGGCAGCGCGUCCAGCAGCAACAACAAAGUGCGUCGACCGCGCAGCUCCAUAUCGCGUGAAGAGAAGGAAAAUCGCGGCGAACGUCGCAAUAAUGUGGCCGCUCCUGGUGCUGGCGUUGGCAAUGAGAAGCAGCAUGCCACUGGCUCCGGCUCAAUGCCAGGCAAAUCACAAGAGCCGCGUGAUCGUGAACGUGAGCCCAAGCAACGUAACUAUGGACGUACUAACGGGGGCCAUAAUGCAAACGGCCGACAAAAUGCCAUGGAGUUCAAACAAAAGUCAAAUCGUGCCUCGCAUGGGCGCGGCGAUCAAAGAGAUUAUGUGGAGCAGCGCGGGGAGCGGGAUUAUCAUGUGAACAGAUCAAAUGGCAGCGGCCCCAAGCAGAUAAUUGAUAUGCAAACACAUCAGCAACAGCAGCAGCAACAGCAGCAACAACAGCAGCAUCAACCGCAACAACAACAGAGGCAGCCACAGCAGCAGCAGCAGCAGCAGCCACAGCAGCAACAACAUCAACAGCAGCAGCAGCAGAAACAUCUGCCAUUGGUUGCAUCGAGUCUAUCGCAUCGUUUGCAGCUGGUGCAGCAGCGCAACGAUCCUAGCCAUGUGGGCAGCGUACAAAUGCAUUCGUUAGCUGCACAGAACCAACAACAACAGCAGCAGCAGCAGCAGCAACAACAGUUGCAGUUGGCACAGCAGCAGCAGCAACAGCAACAACAGUUGCCCGCAGAGCAGCGCAAUGGGCCCAAGCGCUAUUCCAGUCUGAGGCGCAGUCAACACGAGGCCACGCAGCAGCAGCAGCAACAACAACAACAGCAGCAGCAGCAGCAACAUCUGCAACAACAGCAGCAGCAGCAGCAGCAAUCACAGCUCAUGCUUCAGGAUCCUCAUAUGCUAAUGCAGAUUGCCUAUCAGCAGCAGGAGCUGCAGGCGCAACUGCAGACAUUGCAAUUGGGCCCUGCACCAUCAACAGCGGUGGCAGCGCCUCAGUCCAAGCAACAUGCGCCGCCAGCAGCUGCCUAUCCACAGGUACAGGGUGCGCCCUACUACGAGUCGGUGCCGGUGCAGGUGCCAGUGCCGGUGCAGGUGCCAGUGCCUGUGUCUGUGCCGCAGACGCCCUAUGUGAAUCCGGCCAAUAGCGCUUAUCUGCCGGCCACGCCCGCGGCUGUGGCCUAUGCCCAGGCACAAUCAGCAGCCACGGUAGCUCCGCAGCCAGCGCCUCAGGCGGCGCCACCACCGUCCACGCAAGCCGGACAGGCCUAUCACCAAAAUUACAAUACGGUCGGUGGCACCACAUAUUUCGUGCCACCGGCCCAGACCACCACCCGCCCCGCUGUGCUGCCCCAGCGACGACCCACCAAUGCAAUACCCAUCCUACCGCCAUCCGAGAAGCAUAAGACGCGUACGGUCAAACCGGAUGAGGGUGCCAGCGGCAGUGGCAGCGGCAGCGGCGACAACAUUGAUCACAUCAUUGACAACAUGUUUGUGCAGCGACCGGCUUUCCAGCCGCCGCCCACAUCGGCAGGAGAGGCAGCCAGCGAUGAUAGCAAUAGCAAUUCAACUGCUGCUCAGCCAGCAGCCAUUGACCAGACUAGUCAACUGGCUGCGGUUCCUGGGCAGGAAUGAGUGCACGUUUAUGCCAAUCCGCGACAGCAGCAGCAGCAGCAGCAUAUGCAGCAGCAGUUACAGUUGCAGCAGCGUCGCGGGCGCAGCCAUCAAACCCAGGAAGAACUCAUGUCCAGUGGCUACGCCUUGCUGCCGCCUCAGAUUGGCUACUAUCGUGCCCACUAGCUGGCACGUUAAACCCCAAGAUUUUGACGAGAUUGUCUCUUUAGAGUAAAGGGUCUGUGAUCAUUGCCCAACACAGCCCUUUUUUUAGAGCACACAUAAACACACACACACAGACACACACACACACACACACAUUUGUAAUUAGUGAAUAGUUGCACUUAAUCGAACUAACUAACGUCGUUUCGACUACACCCAGAGUUCAGCGUAAGGCUUUCCAAGUAAACCAUAUAUAUACUAUAUAUCUAGUAAUAGAAAGUAUAAUGAAUUUUUAACCAGAGUCCUCUCGCUGGCGCUUAUAAUCUAAAUACAUAAAUAUAUAUAUAUAUAUAUAGUCGCAUUUUGAAGUUGGAUUAAUCGUGAAUUGUAAUUAAUCAUUGGACAUUUGAAUUUCAAUAAACGUUGUAACACAUAAAACAA